AUGGGCUACCCAAUUCUGACAAACACGUCAUCUCUGAACUUGGACACAAGUACCCUCCUUCGGAAAGUGACAACCCCCACACUGACAAUCACUCAUCCUCACACACAGGGAACACAUGCCUGCACGGUGGGACAGAUUUUUGUCAACCGAAGUCUGGCACUGGGGAAGAUUCGUUGCUUUGGCUUCGACAUGGACUACACUCUGGCUGCCUAUAAGUCUCCGGCGUACGAGGCUCUGGCCUUCGAGCUGCUGCUGGAGCGCCUGGUGUGCAUCGGGUACCCGCAUGAGAUCCUGCGCUACACCUACGACCCGGCCUUCCCCACCAGGGGGCUGGUGUUUGAUGCGCUCUACGGUACCCUGCUGAAGGUGGACACCCACGGGAACGUGCUACUGGGUGCCCAUGGCUUCACCUUCCUCUCGGAGGCGGAGAUCUGGAGCUUCUACCCCAGCAAGUUCAUUCAGAGGGAUGACCUGCAGCGGUUCCACGUCCUCAACACACUCUUCAACCUGCCUGAAACCUACCUCUAUGCCUGCCUGGUGGAUUUCUUCUCUGGCUGCUCCCGCUACACCAACUGUGACACCGGCUAUCAGCAUGGGAACCGCUUCAUGUCCUUCCGAAGCCUCUUCCAGGAUGUAACUGAGGCCAUGAAUAACGUCCACCAGUCGGGCUGUCUCAAGGAGAAGACCCUGGAGGACUUGGAGAAAUACGUGGAGAAGGAUGCACGAAUCCCCAUCCUGCUGGGCAAGAUGAAGGAGGUUGGGAAAGUGUUUCUGGCCACCAACAGCAGCUACAACUACACGGAUGCCAUCAUGACCUACCUGUUUGGUGUCAGUGAGGCCGAAGCCCCAGCCAGGCCCUGGAGGUCCUUCUUUGACCUGAUUGUGGUGGACACGCAGAAGCCACGCUUCUUUGCGGAGGGGACAGUCUUGAGGCAGGUCAACACGGACUCAGGGAAGCUCCGCGUGGGCACCUACACUGGGCCCCACCAGCACUGUGCAGUCUACUCUGGAGGCUCGUCAGAUGUGGUGUGCGAGCUGCUUGGGGUGCGGGGGAAGGACAUCCUGUACAUUGGGGACCACAUCUUUGGGGACAUUCUCAAGUCCAAGAAGCAGCAGGGCUGGAGGACUUGCUUGGUGGUUCCCGAGCUGUCCUGGGAGUUGGACAUCUGGGCCCGGGAGAAGGAGCGGUUGGCGUGGCUGAAGAGGCUGGACACAGGCCUGGCGGCCCUGUACCAGAACAUGGAUGGGAGCAGUCGUGGGCUGCAAGUCAUCAGCUCCGCCAAGAGGGAGAGCCAGAUGCCACAUGAAUCAGUCGUGGAGCAAGAACGGGCCAGUCUGGCCCCCACCUCCUGCCUCCUCCCCUGCAGCCAGAGGGGGGAGGUUGCAGGACCUGCACCCUUCCAAGCCGACUUCCUCUCCUGA